AUGAUGGUUGCUGGAACUGAAACAUCAUCAACCACCUUGGAAUGGGCAAUGUCUCUACUAUUAAACCAUCCAAAUGCCAUGGAGAAAGCAAGAUUGGAGAUGGAUGCCACUGUUGGCCUAGAACGCUUGGUAGAUGAGCAAGACCUACCCAAGUUGAACUACCUUGAGAACAUAAUCAAUGAAACCCUGCGGUUGUUUCCCCCCGUCCCGCUUCUAAUACCACACGAAGCAUCCACAGAUUGCACCGUGGGGGGCUUCCAUGUUGCGCAGGGCACCAUGCUAAUGGUUAACUUGUGGACCAUUCACAGGGACCCUGAGCAGUGGGAGGAGCCGAACAGUUUCAUGCCGGAGCGGUUUGAAGCGUGGGGAGGUGAAGGGUGCAAGACAAUGUUGCAUUUCUAG